AUGAUUGAAGCAGUCUGUGAAGGUGUUUCCCUGAGUCAAUCUGCAAAGGUGAAAGGGCUGUUCAGUGCUCCAAAACAAGAUGGACGAAGGCUCGAAGCACAAGACCGACACAGGCCUCUAGAGGCGAAACGAGAGGAAGCUGUUAAGGUAGUCGAGGAGAUGAAGCGAAAAGGAGUGAUAGAGCUACGCAGUAGCCCGUAG